CCUGUACGUUUGAAGACCUCUUGCUCUGGAUAUGAUAAAUGGACGUUUUUCUUCUGCUUUUAUUUUUUGGGCUGUAGCUGAAAGAAAUGGGUUCGACGGCGAUGGCGAUUUCUAUGAAAUUCAAUUUUCAUCGGAAUCCAUCUCUCCCGAUAUCCAAAGCAACAAUACCUUGGAGCGUGCAGAACCGUGUUUUUGUCAAUGGAAUUACUAUUAGCAUGAAAUCUUCUAGUGCUCAUGUUCCACAGCCAAGUCCAUUUAGAAUGUUCUCAUUUCCUCAUGAAGAAGAUUUUAAACGUUUACCAUGGCCCACACUCGCAGUUGGUUCAGGCUUGGAAGCAUCGAUUACAGAUUCAAAGGCGAACGAAAUAAUCUUGAGGAAUGUCACAGUAGUAGUUGAGUCACGUGAUGAUGAAAAGAUACAAGUGAGAGUGGAUUUGACCGGGGAGCAGACCCAAAAGGCAUUUGAUGACGUUUUGACAAACUUGGCUCGUACGGCACCACCAGUUCCAGGAUUUCGUAGAACAAAAGGAGGAAAAACACCCAAUGUCCCGAAGAGCUUCCUUUUACAGGUUCUUGGUCAAGAUCGAGUCACCAAAUUCACUAUCCAAGAAAUAGUUGCGUCAACCAUGGCUGACUACGUAAAGAAGGCAAGUCAUUCUACUGAGAAUCUGAAAGUGAACAAGAAGUUCAACACAACCCAGACAGAGGAAGAACUCCAAUCAGCAUUUAGUCCAGGAAGCAAUUUUGGUUUCAAUGCAACCCUAGAGAUCGAGAAAUCAGAAACUGAAACAACUGAUUCAAGUUCAUCUGAAACAACCGAUUCAAGUUCAUCUGAAACAACCGUUUCAAGUUCAUCUACUGAUUUGUAAAGAAAACCGUUACUUGUGAAUUCUUAAAGUAUGUUUUUCCCCCAAUUACGUUGCAUCCCUUGGUCUUUCAAUGCUCUAGAUAUUGGUUGGUUCUUUGCAAAUUCGAAUUUAUCAGAAAAGAGUAGUUUGGAUGGAUUGAA